UCGAGUUCAUUCGUAAAAGAAUGUCUGAGAAUACUGAUAUUUUCAGACAAAAAUGUGCGAUUAUGGAUACACCUUUUCAUACAUAUCUCAACAUCCGUUACAAAUUGCACGAAGAGAACAAUGAGCCUUCACAUUGGGACCGUGAUGAUCUUCUACUGCAUUUUGUUGACGGAUCUAAGGAAAAUAUGGUCUCUUGGUCCAAUUUGGAUAGGGUUUAUUUCCCAAUUAAUAUAACUGCUGAUCAUUGGGCUGCUGGUGUGAUAGACCUUCAAGAAAAGAGGAUCAUUUGUUAUGAUUUACUUAUCAAGCACACCAGACAGGAGACAUUUAGUAAUGAAAUGAAAUCCAUUGCAACAUUGAUCCCCAAGAUGCUGAAGCGGGCCAACGUCAUCGACGAUGAAUCUCCAUGGACCAUAGAGCGUCAACCUGAAGUUCCUCAACAACAAAAUGGUUCGGACUGCGGCAUGUUCUGUAUAAAAUUCAUAGAGAUUCUCUCAGCCGAUAAGGACGUGACCAUUUUGAAACCUGAGGACAUGGGAUUUAUUAGGAAAAAAUUUGCAGUCGAGACAUGGAAAAUGGGCACGAUGAGAAUGUAAUUUCUAUUUGAUUAACAUAUUAUGUUUAUUUAAUAUAUACAACUGUAAUUAUUUCAUUUAUAUAUAUGAUAUUCUAUAUUUACCAACGAAGACAGUUUGAGUAAUCAACGUUACAAGUAAUAGUUAUCAACGAAAAACUAUGCACCAUAACAUAACUACCAACGGAAACAGUAAGACUUAUCA